AUUAGCUACGUCGCCCAUAACUCGUGUAUCGCGGCAAAUAAGUUUCUUUUGUAAGCCGGCAAACACCAAACCGUAGCCACGGUGAGAUUUGACCUUACCCGCCGGAGGGCUUAGAAACAGAGCCGGGGCACCCAAAAUCUGAGUACCGACUAGUACUUCGGGAAGACAUGGCUUUCCCACCCCACAGACCGCCACUGGGCAUGCCCGGCAUGCCGAUGCCACCCAUGUUGGCACCGCCAUACACAAUGCCGCACAUGGUCCCAGGAGGCAUGAUACCUAUGGCCAUGGGCGUGAUGCCACCGAUGAUGGCACAUGUGGCCGUGACGGUGCCCCCGUCGAUACCGAUUCUGGCGCAGCCGCCGCAGCAGCCUUCGCCGCAACCGCGCUCGCAAGGCAAGCGUGGCCACGGCACAGGCUCCAACUCGGCAGUUAUCGAGAAGAAACCGCUCGUGCGCCGGAACCAGCAGCAGGCGCAGCAUGAGAACACCUCAAAAGGUCCUCCUGUCACGGUCUUUGUGGGAAACAUCACUGAGCGAGCGUCUGACAACCUCAUCAGGCUCAUUCUUCAGCGGUGUGGUACCGUGGUCAGCUGGAAGAGAGUGCAGGGUGCCAACGGCUGGCUCCAAGGCUUUGGCUUCUGCGAGUACGGCGAUCCCGAGUCGGCCAUGAGGGCUAUUCGUAUCCUGCAUGACUGGGAGAUUGGAGACAAGAAACUAGUGGUGAAAGUGGAUGCCAAGACCAAGGAGAAGCUGGACGAAUACAAAGCUAGCAAGCGAACUACCUCUGGGCAGCAACAGCAGCAGCAGCCUGGUGGUUCGACGGACAGCGCUCCGGCUGCUGACGGUGCAAACUCCGAAGCCAAGCCGCAGCCAACGGACGACAUAGAUGAGGCCGCCUGGCGCCAGGACAGAGACACGCGAGAGGCCAUUCUACACCUGCUGCGUUCGCACUCGGGCGAGCUCAGCCGAGGCACCGAGCGAGAGGCAGACAGGAGUAACAAUGCCACAAAAUCCCCACGUAACACUCGACGUAACAGCCCUGAGCCUGAGAGAGAGUACAAGUCCAGCAAAAACGUGAGUAAAGUCUUGCCUUGCCGUUGUCGCAUUUGGCGAACAAGAAGAACCAUGUGAAUCUGAUUGUCUUUGCUUUGAGGUGAAUAAAAGAUAAACGAAAAUCUG